CGCGUAUGUCCGGGCGAGCAGUCGCGUAUGACAGAUUUGCGCCCUCAAAAUUGAGCUGCGUCCAAACUGAGUUAUCGUCGAGAAUAGCAGCCCAGGUGUUUCAAGAUGUGUAGCUGCACGUGCCGGAUUGUGUUGUUCUGCGUCAACAUCGCAGUUGGGGUAGUCGGAUUUCUGAUUAUGCUAUUUGGGGCCUUACUGACGUGGGGAAGGGCGGUCAUGGAAGAACAAAUUCGUGGAUUUCUAAAGCAAGCGAUUGUCAUGCUGUAUGGGCACAAAACAGCGAUUGAAGCGACAGAGUUGGCACAGCACGCACUUCGAAUUACUGCACCGUUCGGUAUGAUCAUCUUCUCGUUUGGCACUAUCAUCUUCCUCUUAUGCGUGUUCGGGUGCAUUGGAGCGAGCUGUAACAGUGCGCUGUGUCUGAAAAUAUAUCUUGGAUUUCUGAUCUUCUUCACCGUUCUCGAGAUUGUUGCGCUAGCUUUCUACUACAGUCGACGGAGUACAGUUUUCAACAUAGUACGAAGAAUCUUGAAGCAGUCGCUCCUACGGUACCGUUCCAAGGAAUCCAGAGAUGCCCACAGCAUGCUGUUCAACGUUAUGAUGCCACCGCUUCAUUGUUGCGGACUUCACAACGCAUCGGACUUUGACCAAGCAAAAGAUUUCGACCAUCAAUACAACACCACGACGGGCCUAAUAAAUAUAACGUACCCAGUCACCUGCUGCAAAAUGGACCACUCUUAUGUCAUUCAAGAUAAUACCUGCCCUGGCAAGUUCGACUCAAACAAUUCCAACAUUGAUCGUGGAUGCUGGGAGCAGCUCUAUCCUCAUCUUGUCUAUUACGGAAAUGCAGGCGCAGUCGCUGGUCUCAUCGUACUCUUGUUUCAGGUCUUACUCAUCGUGAUGUCCAUUAUAACGCUAGCAAUGAAACAAAUGUAGGACACAAGCAAGAGUAUUCCCAGGAACGCUACACAAGCUCCCCAGUCGUCUACGUGUUGUCAAACCUAACUAGGACUACACCACCUGCACGGGCGUGAUUUUCGCAAACUUUGUAGUUGGUGAUUUAAAAACCACAUUACUCACUGGUAAUUAUCCGUAUACCCUUAUCCUUAGUUCCUCAUGUAAACUCUUUUCAACCUUCAUCCGUUCCAUUCCGUCUAAACUGCUUUCUCAUUAUCGUUCGUCAUUUCGUUGCCAACGUAUCAACCUAUUACUGGCAAUAACCCUUCUAUUUGUAACGUAAUUGGUAUUAUUCAGUUUCCUGUUUGUGUUCUGCACC